CGACGACUGAGGUCCGUUUGUUGCAUCUACUUCAUGUUCUUUUUGUUUCUUAAAUUCUGUAUCUAUGUCGUAUCUGAAUCUAGGGCUCUUGCUCAUUCUAGGAACCCUAUAAGAGAAAGUAGUCUUCUUGUGUGUUUAUCGUUCCUUUCUUUGACGAUGGAUAUCACUUCUUCUGACGGUGCUACAACGUUCUCUUCAUCUUGUGCUGAUAAUUUUCUCUCCCCUGCUUUGAGUUGUGCUGUGAGUAGGAGAAGGAACGAGGAUGGUGAAAGUUCCAAUACUAGUUGUAACCGGAAGGUCUUUCAAACUGGCCAGAUCUGGUCAUUUUGUAGUGGUAACGUUGACUUACCUCUCUACUAUGGUAGGAUUCAGAAGAUCACUUUUACUCAGGCAUUUGAGCAAGAAGCAAUAUAUAAACUACACAUAAGUCGGCUAAAGGCUAUUCCUUUCCCAGAGAAUGUUAUCCAAUGGAAGGACAAGAGAAUUCCCUUUGGUUGUGGAACUUUCUUGGUGAGGAAAAGUGUCGAAAUACUCACUCCUGAUGAUGUUUCACUUCAGAUAGUUCCUCAAACCUCCAUGGAUGGAAAUGAAUAUACCAUUCUUCCCAAGAUUGGCGAUCUUUGGGCUAUAUACAGAUUCUGGACUAGUCACAAGGAGUUCAAGGACGUGGGUUACUGCAACUAUGACAUUGUCGAAGUUCUUGAUGACGCCUUGGACUAUAAGGUUUUGGCGUUGGAGCCUGCCUUUUAUAAUGAUGAUGAAGAUAAAAAUACAUUCUUUGAAGCAGCCGAGAGUAAGCAUUCUGACUGUGACGAGGAGGAUGGGCCAGAAGUGAUAUUUAUGAUCCCCAAAUCGAAAAUGCUCAGAUUCUCGCAUCAGAUUCCUGCUUCCCGAGUAACCAAGGAGAUCCGCGGAGAUUUGAAAGAGGUAUUUGAAGUUGAUACCAAAGCAUUGCCUUCAAGCGUGAGUCAAUUAACACAAACGCUCCUCCUCUCAACAGGUACUACUAUCUCUGCUUGCAACAUGAAACUGGAUUUUACACCGAUUGCUCAACUAGAGUCCGUGACUGAGAACGAAAUUUGGAAAAUUAAAGCACGAGUUGCCCGUUUUUGGCGAUUCCACAAUAACGAUAAGCCUGGAGAUUCUGGUGGACUCGAUUUACUCCUUGUGGAUGAUAAGGGAGACCGUAUACAAGCAUGUAUCAGAGGAAAAUUAAUUCAAAAGUUCGAAAAAGAUCUCCAAGAAGGAGAAUGUUGUAUACUGAUGAAUUUUAAGUUGUCUCCUAAUCUUGGGAGUUACAGGGCAACUGGACAUUCUUUCAAAAUCUUUUUCACUUGGUCAACAAUUGUGAAGCCUUGUGAGGAAAUCCCAAACCACUCACUUCGUUUCAGUUUCAUCCCUUUUGAUAAGCUUCAGAGACAUGACGAAAACGUGUUCCUUGAUGUAAUUGGUGAAAUCGUUGGAAUGAAAGAUCUUAAGGAAAUUACUGUUCGCAAUGCUCCAUGUAAACUGCUGAAUCUUCAACUCAAGAGCCUUGAUGAUUCAAUAAUUGAUUGUGUAUUUUGGGAAAAAUUUGCUGAAGACAUACAUUCCUAUGUUCAAUCCUUUUCUGGUGGACCUAUUGUUAUGCUUUGUAGUCUCAUGAGGAUUAAUGUUUAUAAUGGAAAAUUCACAAUCCAAAGUGCAAAAUCGUCAACAAAGCUCUUCAUUAAUUCUGACAUUGCUGAGAUAAACGAAUUCAAAGAAAGGAUGCCUAAAGAUGUCGUCUCUGCCACAUCCAGUGGUUGCUCUAUUUUGACUUUGUCAAACUCUAAAGAAGUUUCCUCGCAUCACUUUUCAUUAGAUUCUCGCAAAACUAUUGCUGAGCUACUUACAUCACAUGAGGAAAUGACGUGUUCUAUAUAUGCAACAAUAUGUGCACUUAAAACUGAGAUUCCUUGGUUCUACAUCGGUUGUCCAACAUGUUUAAGAAAAGUAAACCAAUAUUUGAAUCCAGAUACUGAAGAAAUAGAGGCUGAUAAAUUUUCAUGUGACCUCUGCCAAAAAGUUGUUGAUUCCACUGUCACAAGGUACCAGGUUCAUGUUAAAGUAGUCGAUGAUACAGGAACCAUUUCUUUUCUUAUGUUUGACAAGGAGGUCAUUCAACUGAUUCACAAAUCUGCGUAUGAGUUGCUAGAGCAACAAGUUCAGUUCAACCGUGGGACUCAAUUUCCUCCUGAACUCCUAGCUUUAGAUGGUCGCCAGUUUGUCUUCACGGUUUUCAAACCUUCGACAACAAAAAAUUAUAGACCGGCCACUUAUAAAGUUGUUAAAAUCACGGAUGACCCCGCGAAACUUUUGAUGUUUUGUGGUGCCAAUAACAACACGGCUAAUCCUCCUGCUAUUGAUUCUCAAUUCUCAAACUCCACAGAAGUCACUAGCAACAUGGUAUGGCCUUCUUCUACUUUAGUCUUGAUGGUUGUGUUUCCCGUCACUUUAGCAAUCUAUGUUCUGUUUUUGUCAGAUGGAUGAUGCCUCUUUCGAAGCGUCUAACAACGAGUCGAUGUGUGGUUCGACGGAAAGUCCACUUACUCCAAGCAAAAAGCGAACAUUUACUUUAGCAAUAACGUCAUCUGCAACUGAGGAUGGUGGUGCACAACUUUCAUCAAAGAUACAGAAAUCAAAUGUUGUGGUUAUA